ACGGAAGUGACGUCAUCAACGGUCAGAGUUCGCUCGGUGUCAACACAUGUUCGUCCCCCUCGUAGCCGCGUGCGUCCGAGGCAGCAAACUGUGGAUUUAAAGUCGUUUUUUUAAAAUAAAAUAAAAUGCCAAAAGAUAUUUCAUCGUCGAGUGAAGACGAAGCGGACAGGCCGCCCGUAAAAUCAGCUUUAAAGCAGAAAGAAAGCGGUGGAGGUGCGUCGUCUGCGGCCACAGCUCAGAAGCCCUCUAGGUUCCAGUGUCCUGCUGACUUUGUGUCUUUCUGCCAUAAACCCUGCAGCAGCACUCUCACAGAGAGUCUGAAGAGCAACAAGAACGAGUUAUGGCUCAUUAAAGCUCCUGCCAGCUUCAACCCAGAAUGUUUCAGUGGGAUCAAGGUGCCCCUCUCGGGUCUGCAGACCCUGAAGGUUCCCGCCGCGGCAGGUGGAGUCAAGACCGGGAGUGGUCAGCAGAUCUACAGCGUCCUCGCGUCCACUCACGUCACCUCAGAGCUCUGCCUGCUCACCAGUGACAAGGAGUCGUCCAGUGGCGUGGUUUUUGGUCCCACUUUUUCAGGCCUGCUAAAUGUGUGUGAGAGCUAUGGAGACAGCAGCGCCAACCAAGCCCCUCAGGUCAUCCCCGCUGAUCCAGCUCCCUCCAUACCGCCCGGGCUGAAACAGCGAUUCCACCCCUUCGGUAGUAAGACCCCCACGCUGACCUGCGUGGCAGAGACUCAGACAGAUGGAGCUGCCAUCGGACCCUCCUCUGCAACUCCCCGCUCCCUGCCAGGCAAGCGACUGAUAGGAGAAACAAAGCAGGAGGACGAGGAUGAGGAGGAGGAGGAAGGGAGGAAAAAGAAGAAGAAGAAAAAGAAAGAGAAGCGAAUAAAGACGGAGCAGGAAGAGGAGUCGACAGUGGAGGUGAGGGUGAAAGAGGAGCCUGUAACUGAAAUUCAGGACCAAGCCAUGGUGGAGGAGGGCGGCGUUUUGGAGGAGAAGAGGAAGAAGAAGAGGAAAAAGAAGGACAGAGAGCGAGAGGAGGUGGAGGAGGGUGUGGAGAACUGUGUGAAGGUGGAGGAGGUAACGGUGAAAUGUGAACCAACAGACACUUUACACGGCGACGUCGCGGAGGACUCCGCGAAAAAGAAGAAGAAAAAGAAGAAGAAAAGCAAAACUGAUGACGACUAAUCAUCUGUCGUCACUCUGCUGUUUUUUCGUUUUGUUUCUGACCUCCGCUUUGAACCCGUCUGAGAGCCAGAGAGCUUCUAAUUUACUCCAGCCUGUUGGCAGAUUGCAUAAUGAAAGCGUUGGCAGGACAUUGCAUUCAGAAAAAAAAAAAAAAACACAUCCUGAAUCAAUUGAACAGUGACAUGAAUUAUAAAGUGGAUUCCUCCCAGCUCCUUUAAGGCCAAUGUUCCAAUCAUCCUGAGCGCCCAAAGUGACAUUUUUACACACAGAGCGUGUGUGUGCGGCCGACACGACCAACACGAGUGUACAGAUGAGGGAAUUUCUGCUUUUCUGCCAGUGUCUGUCAAGAUUUUUAUUGGAUUAUGCUCGCACUGCGUUGCCGUUGUUUGUGUAUAUAUAUUUACACAACCAGGCCGGUGACGUCACAGGUUUGGCAGCAGGUCCAGAAAAGGUGAUACAAAGACAGAAUAAUGGUUCAUUGUCACGUAACAUUGUUUUUUUUUUCUUUAAGGACGCGAGUCACAUGUAUGGAGGAAACGAUUUGUCUGCAGGAAAACAUGUUAUAAAAUAAACUCCAAGAGCGAUUAAAGGAAA